CGUGCCCAGUUCAACUGGGACCCCGAGACGGUGGGGAUGAUCCACGGCUCCUUCUUCUGGGGCUACAUCGUCACGCAGAUCCCCGGCGGCUUCAUCGCCCAGAAAUUCGCCGCCAACAGGGUGUUCGGCCUGGCCAUCGUGUCCACCUCGGUGCUCAACAUGCUGAUCCCGUCGGCCGCGCGCGCCCACGUCGGCUGCGUCAUCGCCGUGCGCGUCAUGCAGGGCCUGGUGGAGGGCGUGACCUACCCCGCCUGUCACGGCAUCUGGAGCAAGUGGGCGCCGCCCCUGGAGCGGAGCCGCCUGGCGACCACGGCCUUCUGCGGCUCGUACGCGGGGGCGGUGGUCGCCAUGCCGCUGGCCGGGGUCCUGGUGCAGUACACGGGCUGGAGCUCCGUGUUCUACGUCUACGGCAGUUUCGGGGUGCUCUGGUACUUCUUCUGGGUGCUGGUGUCCUACGAGAGCCCGGCCCAGCACCCCACGAUCUCCCCCGAGGAGCGGAAAUACAUCGAGGAGAGCAUCGGGGAGAGCGCGGGCAGCAACCCGCUGCUGCUGGCCACGCCCUGGCGGCAGCUGGUCAUACUGGGAGCCGUGGAUGAGCACUGGGAUUGG